UAUCCCUGCGCCUGUGCGCGCGCGGUGGAGGCGAAGGCCGGAGGAGCGAGCGGAGGAGUGGGUGGGGGAACGGCCACGGCGGUUGCGGUGUGGCGGCAGCGGCCGGCAUGGGAGGCAGCGCCCGCUCCCGUGGCGGUACGGUGGGGCAAGUGGCCUGUUAGGAACCGGCGAGGGGGAAAAAAUCUCGGUGGCCGCCCUUCCCCGCAUUCACCCCCUCCCUCUCCUUCCCCGCCACCUUCCCCGCCCGCCUGGAAGCAUGAACUGGCAGUGGAGGUGCUGCUCCUCGCCGCCGCCUCCCCGCCGGUGAGAGCGAGGAGGGAAGGAAGAUGGGGGCCGUCCUGCGCAGCCUACUUGCCUGCAGUUUUUGUUCCCUGAUGAGAGCUGCCCCACUGUUGCUGUAUGCGAACCGACGUGACCUGCGACUGGUCGAUGCUGCCAACGGGAAGGAAAACGCCACGGUGAUCGUGGAUGGCUUGGAGGAUGCAGCAGCAGUGGACUUUGUAUUUGUGAAGGGGUUGAUAUACUGGAGCGAUGUCAGUGAAGAAGCCAUCAAACGAACAGAAUUCAAUAAAUCUGGGAGUGUACAAAAUGUAGUCAUUUCUGGACUUCUGUCACCCGAUGGGCUGGCCUGUGACUGGCUGGGAGAGAAAUUAUACUGGACAGAUUCCGAAACAAAUAGGAUCGAAGUUUCUAAUUUGGAUGGAUCACUGAGAAAAGUUUUGUUUUGGCAAGAACUGGAUCAGCCCCGAGCGAUUGCCUUAGAUCCUACAAGAGGGUUCAUGUAUUGGACAGACUGGGGAGAAGUGCCAAAGAUAGAACGUGCUGGGAUGGACGGUUCAAGCCGCUCCGUUAUCGUUAACACGGACAUAUAUUGGCCAAAUGGACUGACUCUGGAUUAUGAAGAACAGAAACUUUACUGGGCAGAUGCUAAACUGAAUUUCAUCCACAAAUCAAAUCUGGAUGGAAGUCAUAGGCAAGCAGUGGUUAAAGGCUCCCUUCCACAUCCCUUUGCUCUGACGCUGUUUGGGGACACGUUGUACUGGACUGACUGGAACACACACUCCAUCUUGGCCUGCAGCAAGUACUCCGGGGAGGACCUGCGUGAAGUACAUUCCAACAUCUUCUCUCCCAUGGAUAUCCAUGCUUUCAGCCAGAAGAGGCAGCCAAAUGCUACAAACCCAUGUGGAAUUAAUAAUGGUGGCUGCUCCCACUUGUGUUUGAUGUCUCCUACCAAGCCCUCUUAUCAGUGUGCAUGUCCCACUGGUGUGAAACUUCUUGAGAAUGGCAAGACCUGCAAAGAUGGUGCCACUGAACUGCUGCUCCUAGCCCGCCGGACAGACUUGAGGCGGAUUUCCUUAGACACCCCUGAUUUCACCGACAUCGUUCUGCCCCUGGAGGACAUCCGUCACGCCAUCGCCAUCGACUUCGACCCUCUGGAGGGGUACAUCUACUGGACUGAUGAUGAGGUCAGGGCCAUCCGGCGCUCCUUCAUCGACGGCUCCGGCAGUCAGUUUGUCGUCACCGCACAGAUCGCGCAUCCCGACGGCAUCGCCGUCGACUGGGUGGCCCGGAACCUCUACUGGACUGACACUGGCACGGACCGCAUCGAGGUCACAAGGCUUAACGGCACCAUGAGGAAAAUCCUCAUUUCGGAAGACCUGGAAGAACCCAGAGCUAUUGUGCUGGAUCCCAUGCUUGGGUACAUGUACUGGACUGACUGGGGAGAAAUCCCAAAGAUCGAGAGGGCAGCCUUAGAUGGCUCAGACAGAACUGUGCUGGUGAACACCUCGCUUGGCUGGCCCAAUGGACUGGCCUUGGAUUAUGCAGAAAGCAAGAUAUACUGGGGAGACGCCAAAACAGACAAAAUAGAGGUCAUGAAUGCUGAUGGAACUGGGAGGAGAGUUCUGGUGGAGGACAAGCUGCCUCACAUCUUUGGAUUCACACUGCUGGGGGACUAUGUUUAUUGGACAGACUGGCAGAGACGCAGCAUUGAACGUGUGCAUAAGCGCACAGCAGAGAGAGAGAUCAUCAUAGAUCAACUGCCUGAUCUGAUGGGCCUGAAAGCUACAAAUGUCCACCAGAUCAUUGGUACAAACCCUUGUGCAGAGGAUAAUGGUGGCUGCAGCCACCUGUGUCUGUACAGGCCCCAAGGCCUUCGCUGUGCCUGCCCCAUAGGCUUGGAGCUCAUCAGUGACAUGAAGACCUGCAUUGUCCCAGAAGCUUUCCUGCUCUUCUCUCGGAGAGCAGAUAUCAGGAGAAUCUCUUUAGAAACAAACAACAACAACGUUGCCAUUCCGCUCACCGGAGUCAAGGAGGCUUCUGCCCUGGAUUUUGAUGUGACAGACAAUCGGAUAUACUGGACUGACAUUUCACUGAAGACCAUCAGCAGAGCGUUCAUGAAUGGCAGCGCACUGGAACACGUGGUGGAGUUUGGCUUGGAUUACCCAGAGGGCAUGGCUGUAGACUGGCUGGGAAAGAACUUGUACUGGGCUGACACUGGAACCAACCGCAUAGAGGUGUCCAAGCUGGAUGGGCAGCACCGCCAGGUGCUGGUGUGGAAAGAUCUGGACAGUCCCCGCGCCUUGGCCUUGGACCCUGCCGAGGGGUUUAUGUACUGGACUGAGUGGGGUGGUAAGCCAAAGAUUGACCGAGCUGCUAUGGAUGGCAGUGAGAGGACCACCUUGGUACCCAAUGUGGGACGUGCCAAUGGCUUAACCAUUGACUAUGCUAAGCGCCGCCUGUACUGGACUGACCUUGACACCAACCUGAUAGAGUCCUCCAACAUGCUAGGCCUUGACCGUGAGAUUAUAGCUGAUGACUUGCCUCACCCCUUUGGCUUGACUCAGUACCAGGAUUACAUUUACUGGACAGACUGGAGCCGGCGCAGCAUCGAACGAGCCAACAAGACCAGUGGCCAGAACAGAACCAUCAUCCAAGGGCACCUGGAUUAUGUUAUGGACAUCUUGGUCUUCCAUUCCUCCAGGCAGGCAGGCUGGAAUGAGUGUGCUUCUAGCAACGGUCACUGCUCUCACCUCUGCUUAGCAGUCCCUGUUGGUGGUUUUGUCUGUGGCUGCCCAGCUCACUAUUCCCUCAACUCUGACAACAGGACCUGUAGUGCUCCUACAACCUUUCUGUUGUUCAGUCAGAAGAAUGCAAUUAACCGCAUGGUGAUAGACGAGCAGCAGAGUCCAGACAUCAUACUCCCCAUCCACAGCCUGAGGAACGUUCGAGCCAUUGACUAUGACCCCCUGGAGAAGCAGCUCUACUGGAUUGACUCUCGGCAGAACAUCAUCCGGAAGGCACAGGAGGAUGGCAGCCAGAGCCUGACAGUGGUGACAAGUCCAGUUCCCAACCAGAACCUCGACAUGCAGCCAUAUGACCUGAGCAUUGACAUCUACAGCCGCUACAUCUACUGGACCUGUGAAGCUACCAAUGUGAUCAAUGUCACCCGCCUGGAUGGCAGACCCAUGGGAGUGGUGCUCAAAGGAGAUCAGGAUAGGCCCAGGGCCAUUGUGGUGAAUCCAGAGAAAGGGUACAUGUAUUUCACCAACCUGCAGGAAAGGUCUCCUAAAAUUGAGAGGGCAGCCCUGGAUGGAACUGAACGAGAGGUGCUUUUUUUCAGUGGCUUGAGCAAGCCUAUAGCCUUAGCUCUCGACAGCCAGCUGGGCAAGUUGUUCUGGGCUGACUCAGAUCUGCGCAGAAUCGAGAGCAGCGACCUGUCAGGUGCUAACCGGAUCGUGCUGGAGGACUCCAAUAUCCUGCAGCCUGUGGGCUUGACUGUGUUUGAGAACUGGCUGUACUGGAUCGACAGGCAGCAGCAGAUGAUCGAGAAGAUCGACAUGACCGGGCGAGAAGGGCGCACAAAGGUCCAGGCUCGCAUUGCACAGCUCAGUGACAUCCACGCUGUGAAGGAGCUCAACCUUCAGGAGUAUAGACAACAUCCUUGUUCCCAAGACAAUGGUGGCUGCACACACAUUUGUGUUGUGAAGGGUGAUGGCACUACGCGCUGCUCUUGCCCAGUGCACCUUGUUCUGCUGCAGGAUGAGCUGUCCUGUGGAGAACCACCAACAUGCUCCCCUCAGCAGUUCACCUGUUUCACAGGUGAGAUUGACUGCAUCCCGGUCGCCUGGCGCUGUGAUGGGUUCACCGAGUGUGAAGACCACAGUGACGAAAAGAACUGCCCACUGUGCUCAGAUAGCCAGUUCCAGUGUGAGAGUGGGCAGUGCAUAGACAGUGCCCUCCGCUGCAACGGGGAAGCAAACUGCCAGGACAACUCGGAUGAGAAGAACUGCGAAGUGCUCUGCUUAACCGAUCAGUUCCGCUGCACCAGUGGGCAGUGCAUUGGGAAAAGCAAGAAAUGUGAUCACAACCUGGACUGCAGCGACAGCUCAGAUGAACAAGGAUGCUACACGACGGAGGAGCCUGCCCCACAGCCCAACAACACCAUAGGGUCCAUCAUUGGGGUGAUCCUCACAGUGUUCGUGGUUGGAGCAAUGUACUUCAUCUGCCAGAGGGUGCUGUGCCCACGCAUGAAGGGAGAUGGGGAAACAAUGACCAAUGAUUACGUGGUGCAUGGACCAGCCUCUGUGCCUCUUGGAUAUGUGCCUCACCCAAGCUCUUUAUCAGGGUCUCUUCCUGGGAUGUCCCGAGGGAAAUCUGUGAUCAGCUCCCUCAGCAUUAUGGGAGGGAGCAGUGGACCACCCUAUGACAGGGCCCAUGUCACUGGAGCCUCUUCCAGUAGUUCUUCAAGCACCAAAGGCACUUACUUUCCUCCAAUUUUGAAUCCACCACCAUCCCCAGCUACCGAACGCUCCCAUUACACCAUGGAAUUUGGUUACUCUUCAAACAGCCCCUCCACUCACAGAUCCUACAGCUACCGGCCGUACAGCUACCGGCACUUCGCGCCGCCCACGACGCCCUGCAGCACGGACGUGUGUGACAGCGACUACGCCCCCAGCCGCCGGGUGACGACGGCGGCGGCCAAGGGCUACACCAGCGACCUGAACUACGACUCGGAGCCCGUGCCUCCGCCGCCCACGCCGCGCAGCCAGUACCUGUCGGCGGAGGAGAACUAUGAGAGCUGCCCGCCCUCACCCUACACGGAGCGCAGCUACUCGCACCACCUCUACCCACCGCCCCCUUCCCCCUGCACGGACUCCUCAUGAGGAGCAGCUCCCCCACCCCCUUCUCUGCCUCUGCCCUGGAAGUGUAAAUAUCCUAAUGUUCUGCUGGGGAGCUUCUCGGCCGUGGCUGAGGUAGGACAGUGUACAGUUAAAUGUUAUUGAACGGGGUGGAGGAAAGCUGAAGAUAUUUGUACAGGAAAAAAAAAAAAAAGAAAAACAAACAAAAAAAAACAAAAAGGAUAUUUAUAUAUUUUCUUAACCAGCAACUGCUGCUUGUGCCAUAAGAAGAAAAAAAAAAUUUUUUUUGUAUAAAAGAACCCAGACGUUUGUACAAAAAAAAAAAAAGUGUUUAUUUUUUCAAAUGGAACACAAAAACAUGCCUUAAAUCCAGUGAAGUGACUCAGCACAUGAGGAAGUGGAAGGACUGGGAUGUGUCACUUGUCCAGCGAGGUGAGCCGUGGGGUUUGUCAAUACCAAAAAUGUUUAAUGGAGAAUAAAGAGGUCUGCCUCGGAGCAGUGUACCAUAGAUACUUGGAAGUAGCCAAAUAACCUCUAUGUUAACGACAGAGGGCCAGCAACUGAAGUUUAAACUUGAAAACGCAAUCAGGACAGAUCUGAACCUUACACAAAGGGCUUUGUUUUCUACAGGAACACAGCAAUGGUAGCAGUGAAUCCACAAAACCAAUCACUUUUUAAAGUUAAUGCACCUCUGCUUUUCCUUAAUGAAUUUACCAAACUAGAGCCUUUAGAGCUUUCUCCCUGCUUCUGGAAUUUCAAUGAGUUUUUUUUCUGCUCUAUUUUAAAGUGUGCUUUUCCCCCUUUUUCUCCCCUCCUUUUUUAGCUGUUCCCAUCUCUUCUGCAUCCUUUCUUCCUGCCCUUGUCACUUUAAACCACAAUGUCCUUAUUUAAAGUACUGCUAAAACUGGGCUGCUGUAAAUUCUCUUUUUUUCCUUCCAAUUAGCCUCCUCAUGCAGCCAGUAGAGGUAGGAUUCCCUCCUUCAUUUACCAGUGCAGUAGGAUUCUGUUUUGUACCAGGUCAGUAUGAUUUUUCACAUCAUUGACAAGGGUAAUACUCAUAUACCUGAAU